AUGACACGACGACGACGACAACAACAACUGCUAUCAACCCAACGAUACCAUCCAUCCAGCAUGCCCCUGUUGUUGAGUCAGAAUGGUUCCAACAACGAAAGCAGUAGUAGUAGUGACAGCAGCAGCAGCAGUAGUAGCAGUAGUAGUAACGACGAAGAAAUGAGCUGCUUUGGUGAUUCUUCCGUCAUGAUUCCAGACUUGGAUUGGAGGGUUCAAAAGUUACGGUUGGAAGAAGAAAAUAAGAAGCGUUUUCUACGAGCUGGACCAAGGUUUCUACCUUACGAAGAAGCCAUGAAGUGGGUUCAAGCGUGGGGAAAACGAUGGGAGUCUCAAGAAGAUUGGCAAGAUUGGAUCAUGAUGGGAGAGAAGCGAAAUUCGUACAUUCCAUCACGACCCGAUGAGUACUACACCAGAACUGGAGAUUGGAUUUCAUGGGAACACUUUUUGGGAUUGCAAUAA